AAACAUUGAACCGAUCCGCUCCGAGGCCCGCAUCUCCACCUACCGGCGCCCCGUUCACGCUUAAUUGAAAAAGAAUUCCAGAGCUCUAAAUUUGCCUACUUGCUUUCUAUUGUAGUUACCGAAGAAUCUAAGCUCCUACAAAGACAAGGUCGCCAAGAUGUCAAGCGUGGCCGCAGGUCUGCAAGAAUGGGAGGUGAGGGAGCCUUACAUCAAGCUCCACUGCGCACUUGGUGAGGGGCCAUACUAUGAGAAGGCAACAAACAGCCUGCGUUUCCUGGACAUCAUCAAGAAGCGCGUGCACACGGUGGACCUGAACAAGGGUCCCGGGUCGCUAACGACGCUUGAGUUCGACAUACCGAUUGGUGUCACCGCCGACAUCGAGGGCGUGGACCCGCAGGACCGCAUCCUGAUAGGAGCCAAGCACGGAAUGGCGGUGCUACACCGCAAGACCGGAAAGUACGAAUACAUCACCAAAUUUUUUGCCGAGGAGAACGUGCGGAUUCGAGGCAACGAUGGCGCUAUUGAUCCCCACGGACGCUUCUGGCUCGGUAGCAUGACCGACUUUGGGCAAGGACCUGUGCAAGCUGAAGUAGGCGCUCUGUGGUUGUUCCACUCCACACAACCUGGUCAAAUCAUGAAGGAACCCGUGUCUAUCCCGAACUCCGUGAGCUGGUCUCCAGACAACCGGACCAUGUACUUCACGCAUUCAACUUCGAAAGUGAUUCAUGCUUUUGAUUACUCGCUCGAUGAUGGAAGUAUCUCGAACGAGAGAGAUUUCUUCAUCUACGAAGGCCAAGGCGAUCCUGAUGGCCACCGUGUUGAUGCUGAAGGCAACAUGUGGUGUGCUGUUUACGGUGAUGCUGUGGUGCUGAAGAUCUCACCCGAUGGCAAGCUUAUUGGCAAAAUACAUAUGCCGACUAAAAAUAUCACGUGCGUCGAGUUCGUAGGUACCGAGCUGUUCAUCACAACUGCUGGUAUGGAGGAAGGUCAGGGAACACCGGAGCAAGUCGACUUCAGCGGCGGACUGUACAGAGUUGAUGUUGGGGUAAAGGGAUUGCCUCCGUACGACUUCAAGCUGGAAGCAUAGAGAGCUAAGCGCUCCCUAGAUUGAACCUCCAAAAACGAGGAUCAUCACUUUCGUAGAUAUGGCUCA